UGAAACCGUUGAAAAAUUUGAAAACGUGAUGGUUUGUUUACGUUCCAAGUUGCUGCCUGAACAAAAUAUAAUUUUUUGAAUUGCUUUUGUAAAACAGAUAUUCUUUGCGAAAAAUCACCGUAGUAUUGUAUCAAUCUUAAGAAUUACUAGUUCGUUUGCUAUUUGCUUUGGAAUCUCAAGUUUAUCGUUGAUAAACAAAAUUCUAACCUGAAAAAAUAAUCAGUUUUCAAAUUUGAUAGCAAAAAAUGGAUAAACUAAAAGCAAUAAUGGUAAAAUACCCCGUGUCGUGUGAAGAAUUCAAUCAUAGUUUUACCUCAAGUUUUCAACACAUAGAAGAGUCUCUUAAGAAACAAGAAGAUCAUUUGUUUGAAUCACAAAUGAAGUUACAACAGCUUAAAUCUGAAGUCGAUGAAAUAGAAAAUUCCAUCUCCAGCGAGAAAGAACUUCUUGAUUCAAAAUUGCAAGAAUUGAGUACGGCUGAAGAGCGUGUGCAUGAGCUCAAGCUUGAUAAAGAUACUUUGUCAAAAGAUGUUCGGGAUUUGGAAAUAGAGAGGAAUUCAAUACGUAAUGCAAAACCGAAUCACAAAGAUCAACAAACAAUUGACUAUGGAUUGAAAAAAUUAAAAUACUAUAGAAAGCUAACUGGCAUAGUGUGGGACUACAGUGCUCCGAUAGAAGUUGCAAAAGGAUAUACGACAAAUGAAGUGGAUUACGUACAUAGUUUCAACUACCAUAAGAAGGAGCAUGGUCGGAAUUUGGUAGAAUUGCUGUGGGAAGAGAUCAGAAAGGCAGCGGAAGGUAGGCAGAGGCAACAAGGAAUUGAAGAAUCAGAAAUACUCGAUGAUUGAUUACAGGUUAUUUCAACUGUAAAUUUAUUCACAUAAAUGUAACUGAGAUAUAUACUAUUUAUAUAAGUGUGUAGAAGGAUCAUUGGAGUUGGCUGAAGUUGAAGAGGUCAAGGCACCCAAUUGUUAAUCACUCAAUCGUAUUAAAAAACAAAUCAUUCAAAUCAAUAAUAAAUACAUAUAUUAAUAUUUU